CUUCCCCCUACUGAAUGCCCGCGCACCGCGCGCCGCGCGCACUCGGCAACGGUUUAUUCUUUAGGACAGAAGAGGCGACGGAGCUCCACCGUUGGAAUACAAAAAACAACGGUUAGCCACUUAAACAACAAGCAUGGCAGCAAUUCGCAAGAAGCUGGUGAUUGUAGGAGAUGGAGCAUGCGGUAAAACCUGUUUGCUUAUCGUGUUCAGUAAAGACCAGUUCCCAGAAGUCUACGUUCCUACUGUGUUUGAGAACUAUGUUGCAGACAUUGAGGUUGACAGCAAACAGGUGGAACUUGCUCUGUGGGAUACUGCUGGACAGGAGGACUAUGAUAGGCUCCGGCCUCUAUCGUACCCAGAUACUGACGUAAUCCUUAUGUGCUUCUCUAUUGACAGUCCCGACAGUUUAGAGAAUAUUCCAGAGAAGUGGACACCUGAGGUGAAACACUUUUGUCCCAAUGUUCCCAUCAUCCUUGUGGGCAACAAGAAGGACCUGCGGAACGAUGAUCACACACGCAGGGAGCUGACCAAAAUGAAGCAGGAGCCUGUUAAAGCAGAGGAAGGGAGAGACAUGGCCAAUCGGAUCGGAGCAUUCGGCUAUAUGGAGUGCUCAGCCAAAACAAAAGAUGGAGUUCGGGAAGUAUUCGAAAUGGCCACUAGAGCGGCCCUACAGGCACGCAGGGGAAAGAAGAACAACAAAUGCCUUCUGCUCUGAAUGCUUUGAAAUAGACUUGAUUCCUGUACUGGGGCUCCAAAAGAGUGUGUGAGGGGCACACCUCUGUUUACUCAGUCAUACAUCCCCCUCACAUUCGCCAAAAGCUUUGGGAAAGAGAUCCCAGCGACAAAAAAGCUUUGUUUUUGUCUUUUUCCUUUUGUUCAUAUAUUUUUAGUCAUGGAGAUGUUUAUCAGUAUUUAAAAGAACUUGGGACUUUUUUGAUGCUUUACCUGAAAUUGUGGUAUCCUUCAAGCUUGCCCACCUGCCAAAUGCUGUCACUCUACCCAGUGGGCUGAUUGGAAAGGUGCGAUCCUGUAAACUACCAAUCAAUAUCUCAGCCCAUCCCGCAUAUGCUGGGAUUUUUCUGCAUCUUGAAACAGGGCUGACUUGUUGUUUCUGUAUGUAAAUCAUUUUAAGGUUUUCUUUAGAUUGGGAAAAGAUUGGGAUUUCAGAGCAAAAGUACAAAAUGGCUGUUUUAGUGCUAAAAGGGCAUGGGGUGGGGGGUAAUAUGUAUACAUACCUGUACAUAUGAACGUGUGUAUUGCUACACACAAUCAGGACUGGAAAAUGUAUUUGUAAACUAGACUUGGUAAACUUGUGUAAUAAAAUAUGUUCUAUACA